AUGCCGCCAGGCCGAACGCGCCAUUCGAAUCCACAGGGUCGCCAGAAGUCGUGCUCUGAAUGUGCGAAGGCGAAGAGAAGAUGCGACCUCCAGCAACCGAACUGCCUUCGAUGCACCAGGCAGAAGCUGCGGUGCACUUAUCCGCCUCCGCCUCAGGCUUCUGUCCCCGCUAUGGCCGACUCCGAAGCAGACACCCCUGUUGCGAAUGCACCGGUUGGCAAUGUUGAUGUCGCGAUGCCGUUUGAUGUCGAUGUCUCCGAUAUUCCGUCAGCACUGGAUGCGGGACUGGACUUCGACUUCUCCGCGGCGCUCAAUUCAUUCGGGACACUCGCUGGCAUGCUCCGCAACGAUGGAAUGGCACUAUCCAGGCCCAAUUCUGUCACAGCCAAAGAGUUUCCUACAAAUAUCCUUGCCCCGCUUUCUGCAUCAAGAGUGGAGUAUUCCAUCGAGCAGCUGAAGCUCAUGCCCCGGAUGAUGGUCGAGGAGAAUGCUACGCAUUGGAGCCAUCCGAGGCUGUAUGAGGAUUACAUGCCACGGCCUCUUCAAGUAGAUGUGUACGCCGCCUGCGCGCUAUACAUUGCACGGAAUGACACGAAUGCUACUUUCGUGGCACGCCAUAUUAUCGACCGGGCUCAAAACCUCAUCGCUCAGCCAUGCCAGACCGCACCAAUCGAAAUGCUCGCACGAGCACACGCACUCUUGCUGUACAAUACCAUGCUCGUAUGCAGCGACGAUCUACGCUACUACCAUGCCGAGAAUUUGAGCCCUUAUCUUGAAGCAGUUGGGGCUGACCUGCACGAACUCCUCAUCCAUGAAACGGAACAAAUCGGUACUCUUCCACUAUAUCCAAGCAAUGCCGCUCGCGAUGCCUGGACUUCCUUCAUCUUCCGUGAAUCCUGUCGUCGCACACUUCUUGCUGUCUUUCAAACUGUUGCUAUAUUCAAUCUCAUUCGCGGACGCUUUACCACUUGCAGACAUGAGAUUGCCGCUGGAAACCGUUUGACGGUCUCCACUGAGUUGUGGGCUGCCAUGUCACCACUCGAGUUCGCCAUCGCUUGGAAUGAGAAGAAACACUACUUGGUCAAGGGGCUCGACUUCGGCGAAGUGCUCCAACAAGCGAACGCGGAUGACGUGGACGCGUUUGCACGGAUGGUGAUGGUUGGGCUCAUGGGCAUCGAUGACAUGAGAGGAUGGUUGCUUACAAGAGGGGGCAAACUAUAA